UUGGCCACACCCACUUAUCUUUAAUCGUGGUCACACUGCACUGGUACAAUUUGUAUUAUUCAAUUAUUGUUAUCAAAUGCGGUUCGGCUGUCGGCGUUACAACUUUGGAAUCUAAAUUUUAGACAAAAACUACUGUGUUUGAUUUAAAUUUAAUAGUCGGCAGAUAAUAAAAUCGUCGAGUCUUUAAGUUAGGCCCCCAGUUGCUAUUUAUGUAAAUUUUUUAAUUAUUUAUUUAUUUAAAAAAUGGCUGCAGGACCAAUUGCAGAAAGAAAUCAAGAUGCAACCAUUUAUGUUGGUGGUCUUGAUGAAAAAGUUUCAGACACACUUAUGUGGGAAUUAUUCGUUCAGGCUGGACCAGUCGUUAAUGUGCAUAUGCCUAAAGACAGAGUGACACAAUCCCAUCAAGGAUAUGGUUUUGUAGAAUUUCUUGCUGAGGAUGAUGCUGAUUAUGCUAUAAAAAUAAUGAACAUGAUCAAACUGUAUGGUAAACCAAUUCGUGUUAAUAAGGCUUCAGCUCACCAAAAAAAUUUGGAUGUUGGUGCAAAUGUGUUUAUUGGUAAUCUGGAUUCAGAAGUUGACGAGAAGUUGUUAUAUGAUACAUUUUCAGCUUUUGGUGUUAUUUUACAAACUCCUAAGAUUAUGAGAGAUCCCGAUACAGGAAAUUCAAAAGGGUUUGCAUUUAUUAACUAUGCAAGUUUUGAAGCGUCUGAUGCUGCAAUAGAAGCAAUGAAUGGUCAACAUUUAUGCAACAGAGCUGUAUCUAUUUCUUAUGCAUUCAAAAAAGAUGUCAAAGGAGAACGGCAUGGAUCGGCUGCCGAAAGAUUACUUGCUGCUCAAAAUCCCCUCAGUCAAGCUGAUCGUCCUCAUCAACUGUUUGCCGAUGCACCACCAACGCAAAUGCCGAUGAUGCAUCAAAUGCCAGUUCCGCCACCACCAAUUAUGCAACAACCUAUGCAAGUGCCUAUGACCAUGAUGACUCAACACCAAAUGGCUCCUCCACCACGCAUUAUGCCUUGGCAAAACCAGCAACCGCCACCACAGCCUCCCACAUAUCAACCUCCACCUCCUCCUCCCCCGAGUUUCAAUAAUUUCGCUCCUCCUGGAUUUCAUGGUGGAUUUGUUCCACCUCCUCCUCCACCGCCUACUCAACAAGGACAGAUGCCACCUCCACCAUUACCCCCUUCACAUCCUACUAUGCCACCUCACAUGCAGGGUCACAUGAUGCCGCCUCCUCCUCCUCCAAUGUCUAUGGGUAGUGGGCAACCAAUGCCUCCUCCUCCUCCAAUGAGUAUGGGUAGUGGACAACCAAUGCCUCCACCUCCACCUAUGCAACCAAACAGUAUGAUGCCAAUAAAUUGGAAACCUAGUGUCCCACCACCACCACCACCUGCUCCUGCAUAAUUUUUUAAUUUAUGUAUAAUUAUUAUAUUAACUUAAGAUAAUUACAUUUUUACAAAAUAUGAAA